AGGGUGUUGCAUUGUCUCCCUUUUAAUGUCCUCUAAGUCAAUAAAACUGUAAUUCCUAAAAAAAAAAAAAAGAAAAUCAAACGAGCGCUGGAUGUUAAUCUACACAGAUUUCUCUCCUGAAAACUGUUCAUUUGGUCUCUUACCACUCACUUCCCCCACUCUCUCUCUCUCUCUCUCUCUCUCUCUCUCUCUGCACUUCUCUCUGUGUUUCUCUCUCUCUCAGACAGACAGUGGGUGAAGAUGUCAGCUCUGCUGCUGCUGUGUGUUUGGACUGUUGCACCUUUCUGUUUUUGUGAGAAAGCUAGAGAGAGGACAGCUCGACAGAGAGAUGCAGACUUCACGGAAAAGUACAAUUCCUGCCUGCAGGGUCCUCCUGGAAUGCAGGGAAGGGAUGGUAAUCCGGGCAUUAAUGGCAUUCCGGGCACCCCAGGGAUUCCAGGUCGGGAUGGUAUGAAGGGGGAGAAGGGCGAGUGUGUGACUGAAAGAUUUGAAGAACCGUGGAAACCCAAUUUCAAACAGUGCGCCUGGAGCUCUCUCAACUACGGCAUCGACCUCGGAAAAAUAGCAGAGUGUACGUUCACUAAGCUGAAGUCAGACAGUGCUCUGAGAGUGCUCUUCAGUGGUUCUCUCAGGCUGAAGUGUAAGUCGGCCUGCUGUCAGCGCUGGUACUUCACCUUUAACGGUGCGGAGUGUUCAGGGCCUUUACCCAUCGAGUCUAUAAUCUACCUGGAUCAGGGCAGCCCCGAGCUCAACUCUACCAUCAACAUUCACAGGACGUCUACAGUGGAGGGGUUGUGCGAGGGCGUAACCGCAGGCCUGGUUGACGUGGGCAUAUGGGUGGGCACCUGUGCGGAUUACCCCCGCGGCGAUGCCUCCACAGGGUGGAAUUCGGUGUCCAGAGUGAUUAUCGAGGAGCUUCCCAAAUGAGCUGCCUGCCUCCGUUGCCAUGGAAACACCAGACUGAUAUAGAAGCAGGCCUGAUCUGUAAUUCAUUUCUCAGUAAAGCUGCAAACUUCUGUUGGCCUUUAUUUUAAAGUAAUUCUCCAGCAAUUCUUAACCCAAACUUUAGAUGCUGCAGUGGUUUAGUCAACACUGACCAUAAUACUGACAGGUUUUUAAGCUUUUUAAUUACUAAGAAUGGUAAUGGUAAAGGUUGGGGUUUUUCACAGGCUCCACCGCUUCAGCAUUGAUAAAGAUUUUACUUCAAUAAUAGAUGGGUCUGCAGGUGUGUGGUUUUUUAAAGAUUGUUGAAAAGAAGUUGAAAAAUCCACGAGAAUUUCUUUAAAAUACUGUAUCUGACAAACUGGAAACAUUCACCUUGUGAAGCACACCACAAAACCUCAGCUAUAGACAAUCCAUCACAGCAUCCUCAAUACAUGUCCUCAAUCAGACUCAGUCAUUUAAAACUAUCAGCUGCAGAUCUUUCUAAUUCAGUGGAUUUAGCCCCAGUCUCAGUCUGCUGCAAUAUUGAUUUUCAGCUCCUCAGUUGCUUAUCUAAUUCUUCACAAAGUAAAGAUCUUAAAACUGUACUGGAAAAAACUGGAACAGAAAUAAACUGUAAGUCUGAGAUCUGCUGUAGCUGCAGCCACUUUUCCAUGAUAGCUUUAAAGUGACAGAUUGGCUUUUUACAAGCCAGUUUACACUAGUUUACAACACAUGCAGUCGACAAGCAAAGACAUAACUGAUGUUUGAAGUUUGCAUCUUAAGUUUUACACAAGAGCUAUGAGGCUAAUAACUAAUCAGUCAUUGACAGCUGAUGUAAUAGUGAGGUCUUAGCGCUAACCACGGCUAGCAGUGCCAGCGGUUAGUCACUAAUGUUAAUGCUGCUGCACCCAGCUUUAGUUGAAAUCCAGAAAUCUAAGCUUAAUGUAAAUAAAAUUAAGCACUUUAUUCACUCAAAUAAACAGUUUUCAGGAGAGAAAUCGGUGUAGAUUAACUGAAUUAGAGGAAAAACACAAUGAACCCCUGUUCCUUACUAGUGUCGCAUAAUGUGCUGGUGUGCCUUAUGUAUGAAAAAGACCAGAAAAUAGAUGUUUAUUGGUAGUGCGGCUUAAAAUCCGGGUAAACCUAGUAUUGUAAGAAGAUGAAGACUGAAUUUUCCAUUGGAUGUUAGCCACUUUAGCUUCAUAGCUCCAGUGUAAAUGUUAAGUCACUUCAGACAACAAAUAUAGCUUGAAUGAAUGAUCACAAGCCAUCAAACCAAGCCGACCUGCUUGAAUUUUUGCACAAGGAGUGGUAUAAAGUUAUCCAAAAGCAGUGUGUAAGACUGGUGGAGGAGAACAUGCCAAGAUGCAUUAAAACUGUGAUUAGAAACCAGGGUUAUUCCACCAAAUAUUGAUUUCUGAACUUUAUGAAUAUGAACUUGUUUUCUUUGUAUUAUUUGAGGGCUGAAAGCUCUGCAUCUUUUUUAUUAUUUCAGCCAUUUCUCAUUUUCUGCUCUAAAUGACAAUAUUUAAUUUUUUUUUUGGGAAUUUGGGAGAAAUGUUGUCUGUAGUUUAUAGAAUAAAACAACAAUGUUCAUUUUACUCAAACAUAUACCUAUAAAUAUCAAAAUCAGAGAAACUGAUUCAGAAACUGAAGUGGUCUCCUGUUUUUUUCCAGAGCUGUAUGUUUUGGCUGAUCAGCUGCCUUUUGGGGUUUUGCCAUUCUGAGUCUGAGGGGAAAUUAUAAGAAAUAAAUUCUUAUUCUAUCACUUUAAACAGUUUGAGGAUGUUGUGGAUUGAUUCAUGUGAAACACAGAGCACAGAGUGACUGUGUCUUUAUGGAAUUUUGUGCCUAAAUAUUAAAGAAUUAUAUCUGUUUACUUUCGUUAAAUAUUGUUAUCGUAGGAACAAUUUUGGGGGCUUGUUUAUAAGACUGUGGCUCUGGCCCUGAUUAUCUUUAUGACUAUUGUAACCCACUUCACUAUGUUUAUAUGUUCAGUUUAUUAUACCAACUACCUUUUUUCAGUUUAAUAAAUAAAAUUAUAUUACACCCA